GGCGGCUACUAAGCGUGGCGCAAAGGAUUGCAUUGGAGCGCUGUGUGUCACCGUUCAGUUCCAUAACACUGAACGUAACUCGUGAUUUUACCGAGCGUUUUAGGCCUCCGACUAUUAUUAGGCGGACGUGAGAGAAACUGGAAUAUCCUCACAUAGUGGUUUGCCGUGGUUGUUUUACUGUGUGAUACGGGAAUCAAGACUUGCUCUAUCGAGUCACAGCGUGAAGCCAAAUCCAACAUGGCGGAUUACAGCUCGGGCUCCGAGUUGAAGUACCUGAUUGUAGACAAGAAUCUUGUCAAUGACCCGACCGCUCAGGCCGAAUGGACAUCCAAACGACUAGUAUGGGUCCCAUACGAUGGCCAGGGAUUUGUUGCAGCGAGUGUCAAGUCAGAAAAGGGCGAUGAAGUAACUGUCGAAGCAACGGGCUCUGGCAAGCGAAUGAUCGUGCACCGGGAUGACAUUCAAAAAAUGAACCCACCAAAAUUCGACAAAGUUGAGGAUAUGGCCGAGUUGACUUGUUUGAACGAAGCAUCAGUUCUGCACAACCUGAAAGACCGUUAUUAUUCUGGUCUGAUUUAUACAUAUUCAGGCCUAUUUUGUGUUGUUGUCAACCCAUACAAGCGAUUGCCUAUCUAUACUGAAAAAGUUAUAGAACUAUAUAAAGGAAAGAAGAGGCAUGAAGUCCCCCCACAUAUUUUUGCUGUCACUGAUUCAGCAUACAUGAGCAUGUUGCAAGAUCGUGAAGAUCAGUCCAUUCUUUGCACUGGUGAAUCUGGUGCUGGUAAAACAGAAAACACCAAGAAAGUUAUACAAUACUUGGCCCAUGUAGCAUGUUCAGCAAAAAGUUCCAAGUCGUCAUCACAGACCAUACAUUCAAUACAGUCCUUCCUAAAUAGUAGGAGAGACUCUGGUAUUGUUGCAGGUGAGCUCGAGUCACAGCUGCUUCAAGCUAAUCCAAUUCUUGAAGCAUUUGGUAAUGCGAAGACAGUCAAGAAUGACAACUCUUCAAGAUUUGGUAAAUUCAUCCGUAUCAAUUUUGAUACAUCUGGGUUUAUUGCUGGUGCCAGUAUUGAGACAUAUCUUCUGGAAAAGGCGCGAGUUGUACAACAGAAUCCCACAGAAAGGACGUUCCAUAUUUUCUAUCAAGUUAUCCAAGGAACAACUGCUGCCCAGAAAAAGGAUUUCAUAUUUGAAAGCGUUAAUAAUUAUGAGUACCUGAGCAAUGGUCAUGUGCCAGUACCUGGCGUUGAUGAUCACCAGGAAUUUGCCAACUCUAUGGAAGCAUUGAGGAUUAUGGGAUUGAAUGAUGAUGACAUUGGAUCUGUAUUGAGAGUUGUAUCUGCUGUUUUACAUUAUGGCAAUAUAAAGUUCAAACAAGAGAGGAGUUCAGAUCAAGCCACUUUACCUGACAACACCGUAGCCCAAAAAGUGUGUCAUUUACUUGGCUUGAAUGUCACUGAUUUCACCAAGGCUCUUCUCAGACCAAGAGUCAAAGUUGGACGUGAUUUUGUACACAAGGCACAGACAAAAGAACAGGUUGAAUUUGCUACACAAGCACUGGCAAAGGCUUUGUAUGAACGCAUGUUUAAAUGGAUAGUACACAGAAUCAAUCGAUCUCUUGAUAGAACCAAGAGACAAGGAGCAUCAUUUAUUGGUAUUUUGGAUAUUGCUGGUUUUGAAAUCUUUGUGAUGAAUUCCUUUGAGCAGAUAUGUAUUAAUUACACUAAUGAGAAACUGCAGCAGCUGUUUAACCACACUAUGUUCAUCCUGGAACAGGAAGAGUACAAGAAGGAAGGAAUAGAAUGGAAGUUUAUAGACUUUGGACUUGAUCUUCAACCAUGCAUUGACCUUAUUGAAAAGCCCAUGGGUAUCUUAGCACUGCUUGAUGAAGAAUGCUGGUUUCCCAAGGCAACAGAUAAAACAUUUGUAGAAAAACUCAUGAAUACACAUUCCACUCAUUUUAAAUUCUGUAAACCUGAUAUAAGAGAGAAAGCUGAUUUCCAAGUUAUUCACUACGCAGGAAAGGUUGAUUAUUCAGCCAAACAGUGGUUGCUGAAGAACAUGGAUCCUUUGAAUGACAAUGUUGUACAGUUGAUGACAAAUUCUACUGAUCCAUUUAUAAGUGGUAUCUGGAAAGAUGCAACCAUUGUUGGCAUGGCAGCUACUAUGAGCAAUGAUUCGGCAUUUGGUUCCAGAACACGAAAGGGCAUGUUCCGUACUGUUGGUCAGUUAUACAAAGAGCAAUUAUCUCGAUUAAUGGUGACACUGAGAAAUACUAAUCCUAACUUUGUGCGUUGCAUCAUUCCAAAUCAUGAGAAACGGGCAGGUAAAAUUGACGCUCCUCUUGUGCUAGACCAGUUACGAUGUAAUGGUGUAUUAGAGGGUAUACGUAUCUGUCGACAGGGCUUCCCAAAUAGAAUCGUCUUCCAAGAAUUCAGGCUUAGGUAUGAGUUAUUGACACCAAGUGUGAUCCCUAAGGGUUUCAUGGAUGGCAGAAAAGCUGUACAAAACAUGAUUGAAGCACUUGAACUGGAUCCUAAUUUGUUUCGCAUCGGGCAGAGCAAAAUCUUCUUUAGAGCUGGUGUACUUGCUCAUCUAGAAGAGGAGAGAGAUCUCAAACUAACAGACAUUAUUAUCCAGUUCCAAGCACUCUGUAGAGGAAUGCUUGCCAGAAGGAAUUAUCAGAAACGUCAACAACAGUUGAGUUCAAUUCGCGUCAUACAGCGUAACUGCCUAGCGUAUUUGAAACUGAGAAACUGGCCAUGGUGGAGACUAUUUACCAAGGUAAAACCUUUGCUACAAGUUACACGCCAAGAUGAAGAGAUGCAUGCCAAGGAAGAUGAGCUACUGAAAGUGAAAGAUAAAAUGGAAAGAAUAGAGACUGAUUAUAUUGAAUUAGAAAGGAAGCAUACACAAUUGAAUGAAGAGAAAAAUAUUCUUGUAGAGCAAUUACAAGCUGAAGCUGAAUUGAGUGCCGAAGCCGAAGAGAUGAGAGUUCGUCUUGCAGCUAAGAAACAGGAAUUGGAAGAAAUUCUUCAUGAUCUCGAAGCACGUAUUGAGGAGGAAGAAGACAGAAACCAACAUCUAGUGAAUGAAAAAAAGAAAAUGACAAUCACUGUUCAGGAUUUGGAAGAACAGUUAGAAGAAGAAGAACAAGCUCGUCAGAAACUGCAUUUGGAUAAAGUAGCCUUGGAUGCCAAAGUGAAGAAAAUGGAUGAAGAUUUAGCACUUUUAGAAGAUAACAAUGCUAAGAUAACAAAAGAGAAAAAGUCUAUCGAAGACCGUUUUAAUGAAGUCAGUCGUCAAUUGGCAGAAGAAGAAGAUAAGGCGAAACAGUUGAGUAAACUUAAAGUGAAACAUGAAGCCAAUAUAGGUGAUCUUGACAGAAGAUUGAAAAAAGAAGAAAAGCUUCGUCAAGAACUUGAAAAACUCAGACGAAAGUUGGAAACUGAGAUCAGUGAUUUAAAAGAGCAGUUAGCAGAACUCAAACAACAACUACUUGAAGUUCAAACACAGUUAGCAAGAACAGAAGAAGAACUCAACCAAGCGUUAGCAAGAUGUGAUGAAGAAGCAGCUGCUAAAGUAGCAGCACAGAAAGCCCUGAGGGAGUUAGAAAAUCAAUUACAGGAGACCGAGGAAGAUCUUCAGGCAGAAAAGGAAGCAAGAAACAAAGCAGAAAAACAGAAACGAGACCUUGGUGAGGAAUUAGAGGCACUGAAAACUGAAUUAGAGGACUCUCUGGAUACAACAGCUACGCAACAAGAACUACGAAACAAACGUGAAGCAGAACUUCAUCAUUUCAAGAAAAUGUUAGAUGAAGAAUCACAAGCUCAUGAACAUUAUGUUGUUGAAAUGAGACAGAAGCACAAUGCUGUUGUAGAUGAUCUGAAUGAUCAGCUAGACUCCUUUAAGAGGGCAAAAGCCGCUCUUGAAAAGUCAAAACAUUCUGUGGAAGCAGAAAAUACUGACCAGAGAAAUGAAAUUAAGACACUUACUGCAGCAAAACAAGAAUCUGAACGGAAAAGAAAGAACUUGGAUUCCCAGGUCCAGGAGUAUAGUAUACGCCUGAAUGAGACUGAAAGAACGAAAGGUGAACUUUCAGAUAGAGUAGUGAAAAUGCAAGGGGAGCUUGAAAACCUUUCUAUACAAUUAGAGGAGGCAGAGCAGAAAGCAUCGUCAUAUUCCAAAUCAGUCUCAUCCUUAGAAUCACAGCUUGCAGAUGUACAGGAUUCUUUGAAUGAUGAAACACGUCAAAAGUUGUCUUUGAGUAGCAAGUUACACUCAGUCGAAGCUGAACGAGAAAACUUACAAGACCAGCUGGAGGAAGAAGAGGAAGCCAAGAAGGCUGUGGAACGACAAGCAGCUACGCUCACAGCACAGGUAAUCGAGUUGAAAAAAAGACAAGAAGAGGAUAACAAUGUAAUCGAGGCAUUAGAAGAUAAUAAAAAGAAAAUGUCAAAGGAGAUGGAAGCAGUAGUCACUAGGUUGGAAGAAGUACAAUCACAUUCUGAUAAACUGGAAAAGACGAAAAAGAGACUACAAGGGGAGGUUGAUGACUUGAUUGUAAACUUGGACAGUGAGAGAGCCAAGCAUUCUGCAAUGGAAAAAAGACAGAGAAAGUUUGACCAAACAUUGUCAGAAGAAAAAGCACAAAAAGCUAGGCUAUUUGAAGAAAAAGAAUCUCUGGAAAGAGAACUACGUGACAGAGAAACAAAGGUGUUAUCAUUAUCCAGAGAGUUGGAGGAAUCGCAAGACUCUAUGAUGGAAGUUGAACGAAUGUAUAAAGCUCAGAAAGCAGAAUUGGAGGACCUUAUGUCAUCUAAGGAUGAUGUUGGCAAAAAUGUUCAUGAGUUGGAAAAAGCAAAGCGAACACUAGAUACACAAGUGGCUGAGAUGAGAACACAGUUGGAGGAGUUGGAAGAUGAAUUACAAGCAACUGAGGAUGCCAAACUGAGACUUGAAGUCAAUAUGCAAGCUGCAAAGACGAGCUAUGAAAGAGAACUGCAGAAUAAAGAAGAGCAGAAUGAAGAAAAGAGGAAAGCUCUCACCAGACAGCUUCGUGAACUUGAAGCGGAAGUUGAUGAUGAACGCAAAACUCGUGCCAGUGCAAUGAACGCCAAAAAGAAGUUAGAAGCAGAUUACCAUGAUAUGCAAAGUCAAUUAGAUAUGUCCAACAAAGUCAGAGAUGACAGUAUUAAACAGCUAAAGAAAUUACAGGCACAAAUGAAGGAUUGUGUGCAUGACUUGGAAGAAGCCAGACAGAGUCGUGAUCAUCUAUCCCACGUUGCUAAGGACAAUGAAAAGAAAGCAAAACACUUAGAAGCAGAACUUAUGCAGUUACAUGAAGAUUUGGCAUCUGCUGAAAGAUUAAGAAAGCAAGCAGAGAACGAACGUGAUGAAUUAGCUGAUGAGAUUAGUAGUAAUACAGCUGGUAGAUCGGCACUUGCAGACGAAAAGAGACGAUUGGAACAGAGAAUACAAACGCUUGAAGAAGAUCUAGAUGAAGAACAGAGUAAUGUAGAGAUAUUGGUAGACAAGGAAAGAAAGAUGGGAUCCCAGGUUGAACAGCUGACCACAGAAUUAGCUGCUGAGAGAUCUUCCACUCAACGUUUAGAGAAUUCUCGUAUGUUGCUUGAAAGGCAAAAUAAAGAAUUGAAAGCGAAACUUCAGGAAUUGGAGGUUGUUGCCAAGACACGAAGCAAGGCCACUAUUAACCAAUUAGAGAUCAAAAUUGCUAACUUGGAAGAACAGCUUGAACAGGAGACAAAAGAUCGUCAUGCUGCUCACAAGAGUAAUCGUAGAAUGGAAAAAAAAUUAAAAGAACUUGUCAUGCAGGCAGAAGAUGAGCGAAGACAGGGAGACCAAUACAAAGAACAGGUUGAUAAAGUGAACUCUCGAGUUAAAGGACUGAAACGGCAACUUGAUGAAGCAGAAGAAGAAUUCACCAGAGCCAAUGCCAGCAAGCGCAAACUACAACGUGAUUUAGAUGAUCAGAUUGAAGCCAACGAAUCACUGACGCGAGAAAUUAAUCAACUCAAGAAUAAACUGAGGAGAGGUGAUAUAUCAUCACGUAGUAGUCGAAGUUACUCGCGCCGUACUGAAAAAAGAGAUACCAGUGGAACUGACAGCCCUGAUGCUUCCAUGGCGGAUGGGGAAGACGAUUAAACCAAAUAAUGUUGAAAAUGUUUGAAGACAAAUUUAUUGCUUUUAUGAAUACAACUUUAUAACAAAGAAAGAAAUAUCAAUUAAUACAAUGAUGUGAAUAGAAAGGAAUAGAUUAUGGUAUAAUUAUUAUUACUAGAAAAAAAUAAAUAAGCAAUUGUAUGAACUCUAGAAGAUUAUGAAAGUUGGAAGAGUUGUGUAUUUACCGUAUCUUAGUGAUUUUUGAAUGCAUUAAAAUGAAAUAGCGCUUAGCCAGGAAGUUGAUAUGACAUGCAUGUGGAAGAUCUUGUUCUGUAGUUAAACUGUGUACCCUCUGGAUUAUUGGGUGGGGUGGGGUGGGGUGAGAAGAAAUGUAGCCACCCAGCACAGUCACAGAUUAACAUCAAUGUCAACAUUUCAUACAUAAUUUGUAUAAAUGCAAACUUUUUUCAUUUAGGUUAUCUGAAGCAUGAUCUGAUCAGUGUGUGGUUGUAUGGUUUAUCUCUUGUUUUUCACCUGGAAUAAAUACUGAACUCGUGUUACUACAUUUCAAAGGUACGCGAAGAAUAAAAAAAAUUGCAUUUACAUCUAUUAAAAAAAAAAAUCCCUCUGUCCAAAAGGGAUGGGGGGUCAUCUAUGUAUUUCGCAUGCAUAAGUAGAAAACCCUAAAUUAGUAUUAAAAUUAGGGGUACUAUAAUUGAUAUGGGCAGGUUAGAGUAAUCUGAAAUGAUUUCCAGUGCAUGCAUUAACUGUACACAUUUGUGAAUGAAUACAUAAUCAUUUUAUAUUAUCAUUACAUAGUUUAGAAAUGUUUCCCUAUUUUUUCCUUACAUAAACAGCGUUUUAAAAAAUUCAAACUGCUAAUCUUGUAUCAGUAUUUUAUAUAUUUUUGGAGAUAUGUUUAGAUUGGGCACAUUUCAGCAUUACUCUUGGCAGAGUUUUUAAAAAAUAAAAUCUAUGAAAAAAAAAUCAAUUCUGCCAUGCCACGGUUGAUACAAACUCGUUAUUUUCUUUAUUACAAAGUUGGUUUUCAUUAAUGUGCUUUGUCUGCCUUAUUGCUGAUUUGUUCACACAAUUGUUUUUAUUCACGGUGCUCCCAUUGUUAAGUUUACUGCAUUUUUUUGAAGUCAAAACUUUAAUACUCAGUACUUGCUAGUUAUUGACACAGUUUAGUAAUCUCAAUUCCUGCAUCAUGUUUUAGUUAUGGGAGUUCUGGACUAUUCUAUUAUGAGGAGGGUAUCAUUAAUCUGGUGAUCCACUUUUAAAAUUGAAAUUGCCGUUUUAAUCCCCCUUUUUAAACCUUGUGAACUGGUCGAGGCAGCUGAUUGUAGAGUGGAGACAUUUUGAAAUCAAUCCCUGUAUCACAUUUUGCUAGUAGCAAGCUCAUAUAAAUCAUCACACACGUUUUCAUAUUCUUAACAGUUUGAUGUUCCCCCUCAUCUAUAUUGUGUAUCAAUUAACUAAAAUGAAUGACCCUUGUUGAAAAUGUUCUAUUCAGUGGGCUGGGGAGAGGCUGAUUUUUACAGUCUUAGUUCAAAGGGCAUCUAAGUUUGUUGCCGGGCAUUCUUUGGCUUCAUGCCAUGAUAUCUGAACAAAUUAUGAUACAUAAUAUAACUAUUAAAACCCAGUGUGUUUUGUGUGUAUUUAGAAGUGGUUCAUACAGACAUGUUUCUGUCCUAGUUUACGAAUAAUCAAAAUCAGGUCUGUGCAUCGGGAAUUGUUUCUCGCUGUUCAUUUUUCCAGCAAAUAAGUUUCCGUUAAUGUGAAAGAUGUUUAAUUAGAAAAUAAUAACUAUUGUUUUUUUGCGCUUUGUUAGAUGUAUUGUUAAAGUACAACUCAUUAAUGACGUUGAGGCGCAAAAUGUUGUCUAUUGUAUGCAGUCUUGUCUGUCGCUUUCUCACACAGAAUUAAAUCAUUUCCAUUUAACAAGUAA